AUGAGUUCAAAACCAGGUACACACCUUCGUGGAGCAGUUUCCCAACACGAAGAGAACACUGCAUUUGUGACUGAGCAGUUUCUCCCCCGCAAGCAAGAUGCCGUGUUUGGAGAUCCGUUUGUCUUCCAAACGUCAGCAACCAAUCAGCAUAUUCGCGCGAGGCUCAUCAUGCUCUCACCGUUCCCAUCUGAUACUGCUCCGUUGGCCAAAUCGGUAGCAUAUCUUUCUAGUCGCUUUGGAUCCAUCAAGGCCGAAGUUUUUCGUACACCUGGUGCAGAGAACCACUUCUUUCGCCUUCAUAUUUUCGCAUGCUCAGCCGGUGUGAAAAUUACACUACCCCCCUCUUUCCGGGGUAUUGUGUCCAUCAACGACUACGAGGGUCUACGUCGUCGUCGGCAAAUUCGUUGUGGUCGUACCUUCAACGAACGAAUGCGCCGUGGUUUUAUCAGGCUUGGUUCCUGUGCGCUCGAAAAUGACGACGAAGUUUUCAUCCACGCCGAGGGAAAGAUCGAGCUAAUGCUGAGAACGGAGAGUGAUGUCAAUGAUAGGGUUUGGUCUCGCAUGGAUCGUGGCAUGCGGAAGAUUUUUCAACGGCGCCUAGCUAUGUACAACUUGAAACUCGUAAUAGGCAUUGUUGUGGUAUCGGAAUGA